AUAAAUAUGACUCUUGAAAAGCGUGAAAAUGUUCUGUUAAAAGGAAAAAAAAGAAAAACUGGAAAACGCACAAUAGAGAAAAGCAAAGGGUGCGAUGAGGGAGAAGGGUGUUGGAACAGCGGUGGAGCAUGGCAAAACCAUUCAAAACGACAUCGUGGAGGCUUCUCCGCCACCAGCCGACCGCCCCGUCCGUGUCUACGCUGAUGGGAUCUACGAUCUUUUUCAUUUCGGCCAUGCCCGCUCCCUUGAACAGGCAAAAAUGUCGUUUCCCAACACAUACUUGCUGGUGGGAUGCUGCAGUGAUGAAGUAACUCAUGCAUUCAAGGGCAAAACCGUUAUGACUGAAUCUGAGCGUUAUGAAUCACUUCGCCAUUGCAAGUGGGUUGAUGAGGUUAUUCCUGAUGCCCCGUGGGUGAUAAAUCAAGAGUUCCAUGACAAGCACCGAAUUGACUAUGUGGCUCAUGAUUCUCUUCCUUAUGCAGAUGCAAGUGGGGCUGGAAAAGAUGUUUAUGAAUUUGUAAAAGCUGUUGGGAAAUUUAAAGAGACAAAACGGACAGAAGGAAUUUCAACAUCGGACAUAAUAAUGAGGAUUGUGAAAGAUUAUAACCAAUACGUGAUGCGUAAUUUGGAUCGUGGAUAUUCAAGGGAGGAUCUUAAUGUUAGCUAUGUGAAGGAAAAGCGACUCAGAGUGAAUAUGAGACUGAAGAAGCUACAGGAGAAAGUCAAGGAGCAGCAAGAAAAAGUGGGGGAGAAGAUUCAGACUGUUGCAAAAACUGCUGGUAUGCAUCGUAACAUGUGGGUUGAAAAUGCUGAUCGCUGGGUUGCAGGAUUCCUUGAGAUGUUUGAGGAAGGUUGCCAUAAAAUGGGGACUGCCAUAAGGGAUCGGAUUCAAGAGCGUUUAAGAGGGCAACAGGUCGGGUUGCUGCCAAAUGGCCACAAGACUGAUGACCAUGAUGAAGAGUUCUAUUACGAUGAUGAGGCAGAAGAUAAUUAUGAUGACGAAGAAUACUACGACAGUGAUGAAAAGAAAUGAUAGUACCGUGUAAUUUACACAUUGGUAUCUGCUCCACAGGCCAACUAAUUUUUACUUGGGUACAAUGUUAAGUAUUGUAGAAUAGCUUUGGCAAGUGAUACUGCUGUAGGAUUUGAUUUUAUCAUUUUUUGUAUUUCUUUAUUCCCUUUGGUCGAGAAUUUUCUAUUCACUGGACUGUUUACAUUAUGCAUAGGCGACACCACAACUUAGUUUUGUAGCUUGUGAAAGUUCUCUUUGCUUGUUGUUUUAUCAGAAUUUCUCUUUCUCAAA